AUGGCGCCUAAUCCCAAGAAAGGUGGAAAGACUGCGCCUUUGGCGCCCAUCAAGGAUACUCGUUUCGCCCAUGUGCACCGGGACCCCCGCUUCAGGAGACCUCAAAAGAGCGACUCCAAGGUUACGGUCGACUCUCGCUUUUCAUCCAUGCUCAAGGGCAAGGAGUUUUCGAGCGCACCCAAGGUCGACAAAUACGGACGAAAACUCCAGAGCUCAGCGAGCGAUAGACAAAUGAAGCGAUUCUAUCAGCUCCAAAAGGGCGAGGUUGGCAGCGACGAAGAGGAGAGUGAUGACGAUGAGGAUCAGGAUGAGGAGGACGAGGAUGUCGGUGUUUCUGGAUCGGAUUCAGAAUCCGAAGUAGAGAACGAGGACGCAUACGAUCCUAUGCGUGGUAGAGGUGUUAUUAGUGGCUCGGACUCGGAUUCUGAUAUCGAUGAGGAGGUUGCGGCUGAGCUGGACGCUGAGGCCGAGGCUCACGAGGAUGAGGAGGAAGAAGAAGAAGAGGAUGACGUUCCAAGAGGAGAUGAAUCACAUCGCUUUGCCUGUGUUAACCUGGACUGGGAUCAUGUCAAGUCCAUUGAUUUGUUCAAGGUCUUUUCAGGAUUUAAACCGGAGAAAGGAGCUAUCAGGUCGGUCAAAAUCUAUCCAUCAGAGUUUGGAAAGGAACGUAUGGAGCGAGAGGAACGCGAGGGACCCCCACCAGAGAUCUUCCAGAAAGCGUCGGCCUCCAAAAACAAGGAUGACGAGGAUGAGGAUGAGGACGAGGAGGAUGAGGAGAUAGACGAAAAGACUCUUAUCAGGAACCAAACCGACGAAGGAAACGAACAGGUCGACUCUGAAGCCUUGCGAAGGUACCAGCUCGAUCGCCUCAAAUAUUACUAUGCUGUUGUCGACUGCGAUUCCGUCGAGACUGCAAAGGCCAUUUGCGAGGCAUGCGAUGGCGCCGAGUACGAAAGUAGCGCCAACUUUUUCGAUCUGAGAUAUAUCCCGGACGGCAUGGAGUUUGAUGAUAUGCCCCGCGAUUCGGCCUUUGGCGCGCCCGAGAACUACAAACCCAAUGAUUUCAUAACCCAGGCUUUCCAGCACUCGAACGUUAAGUUGACCUGGGACGAAGAUGAUGCGGACAGAAUCAAGGUCACUCGCCAAAAGUUCUCGAAGAAGGACUUGGAAGACAUGGACUUCAAGGCCUACCUUGCUUCCUCGGACGACGACUCGGAGGACGAGGAUGACAUUGAGGCCACAAAGCGCAGGUACCGUGCUCUAUUGGAGGGUGGAAAUAAGGAUUCAGAUGAUAGCGACGUUGACAGCGACGAUGACAAGAACCAGGAGAUGGAGAUCACAUUCGCUCCAGGCUUGAGCGAGGCUGCUGCAGAAUUAUUGGAGGCCAAGAAGCAGCGUGAGCUGCCAGUCAAGGAAGAGACUUCUAUCGAGGCCUACAAGCGCAAGGAGAAGGAACGCAAACAGCGCAAGAAGGACGCGCGGGCUUCCAAAUUCAAGGGCAGCGAUGAAAGUGAUGAUGAUAGCGACGAUCAAGGUAACUCAUCACGGUUCUUGCAAUGUCUCCUGGGUUCGAGAAUCAACCAUCAGGUAUUUUCCUUUACCCUUCUCACAUUAUCGCAUUCAUCUUUUGUUUUCUUAAUUUAUAGGCGGUGA